AUAUUAUUAUAUUAUAUAGUAUCGUUUAUAGCGUUUAGAAGAACAUAUUGUAUUAUUGUAAUGCAUAUAUUAUUGUUAUCAGAGUUAUCAAUCAUUUAAGUUUCAACCGCAUUUAUGGGUACUUAUAACGUUGAUUCGCAAAGCUUUCGUAACUACAAAACAACUAUAAUAGGUUAUACCUAUUCGAGCGAAUGUUAUCAGCUGCCGUUAUUAUCUAUAUUAUUACGAAUUAUCAUGACGGACUUCCAAGCGACCUACUCGCGGUCGAGCCAAAUCGCAGCUCUCGACGUGUCUUCGGCAUAAUAUUGCAUUAACUAACUUUGAACUUUGACUUCUUAAGUCUGCGCGUGGUGCCUCCACACACUCGGCCGUCGUGCAACGGUUAAAACGCCAAAUCGUGAAAACAUAAAAACCAGAAAAGCGUUUCGUGACGCAUAUCAUUACACGCACGCACAUAUACACACAAUAGCCAUAAUAUAUAGUAAAAUAUUAUUAUGAUAAACGCUGCACAUACACAACAUUAUUGUAACAUUAAACUGCACGGGCACACACUCACACGCACACUCGAGGCAGUGUCGUAUUUUAGUGGGUUGUGAGGAUAUGGGUGGAUCCCCCCACGGUUGAGCCUAGAUUUUUUUUUAAAUUGUCGAAUAAGCAUUAUAAAUAAAAUGAAAAAUUGAUUUUAUUACUAGGUAUUGAAAAAAAUCAAUUUAAUAUUCUUAAUCGUAGGGGGUACGCCCCCGACCCUCCUGUCUAUUUAAAUAAUAUUACAUGCCACUGAUACGGAGACACGAUGCAAGACCAAGACACCCGAUAAUUAAAAAUUAUCACACACUUGGCCACUCCCCAUCCAACAGGAAUCAAGCUCGUACAAAACCAUAAUAUUUAUCAUUAUUAUUAUUUUUAUUAUUAUAAUGCCCACCGCGCCGCGAUGGUGAGGGAGGGUUGUGCCGCCGUCGCGGCCGCCGCGAUCGCAGCCGCCGCCGCCGCCGUUCGAAGCUCGCAACCAGUGAGCAACACUCCAGUCUCGAUUACAGUGCCGUCGCGUUCGCCCUGACGGUCACCAGUGCGCGUCCGCGGUGGACAUUUUUUACGCUCGUCAUUGUGUGCCGUCUGUCGGUUUUCCUCUUUGCACUGUUUUAUAUACAUAUAUAAUAUAUACAUAUUGUAUUAUAUACAUAUAUUUAUAUACACACACCUAAGUAUACGAUAGCGAUAUCUGACGAUGGCACGUGCGCGAGAGUCGUCAAGGUUUUAACAUCCGAUCGCGCGAUUUCGGAAGAAAACAUAUUACAAUAUUUCGAUCUAGUGCCGACAAUUACCAGUUUUCAGCUAUACAGGCGUAGCGGGCACAGCUUCCGCGUCCAUGAGUCGGUCGUCGUCCAGCGACAGCUGCAGGGGCGGUGGCGGCAGUGGUGACGAAAACGAACGGCCCGCAUAGUCGGCCGCCACGCAGAAUCAGUGGCGGACUAGUGGCGACCGAUCGGCCGACCGACCGACCGACCAACGACGACGGUAGUACAUAAUAUAGUGAUAUAAGCAACGGCAGUGAUCGUACAGUGGCGACGAAAUGGCACACAUGGAAGCAGACUUGGACUCGGGGCUGGCGACAUGCAGCGACCUGCCCAGUUGCAGCGAAGUCCUGUGCCCGGUGGUGGUAAAAACCGAAGUUCCCACUCUCAAGCAGCACUACUACCCGGAAGGUGGAUGGGGAUGGAUUGUCGUGGCCGUGUCGUUUGCUGUGCACGUCCUCAACCAAGGGUUGCACAUGUCCUCCGGUGUCAUGCUGCCGAUUGUCGCGCGCAAUUUCCCUCACGCCUCAUUCGGAUCGGCAGGAUGGCUGGGAGCAAUGUCCACGGGAGUGGCGCUGUUGCUGUCGCCGGUGACGAUAGCGUUUUGCCGGCGGAAAUCUACAAGACUGACGGCCGUCAUGGGCGGCCUGAUCACCGCGCUGGGAUGUCUCUUCACAAGUUUCGCCACGCAGUUCCAUCAAUUAUUCUUCAGCUACGGCACCGUCAUCGGGAUCGGAGUGGGCAUGACCAGGGAUUGUUCCACGCUGAUGGUGGCGCAGUAUUUCAAGCGGAAACGUGAGUUCGUCGAGAUAUUCAUCGUGUCCGGCAGCGGGAUGGGCAUAGCCGUCAUGUCGAGCUUCAUCAAAGGAGCCAUAAGCGCCAUCGGCUGGCGACUUGGACUCCAGCUGGUCACCGCCACGGUGUUCACCACGUUCCUGUUGGGCACGUGCUACAGGUCGGCGUCGCUGUACCACCCGCAGAGACGGGCCAUCCUGCACCUGAAGAACCAGAAGCGGAAGAUCAAGGACAAGAACCGACACGACGACCGGCCGCCGUUCCUCGACUUCACCACGCUCCGCAGCAAGACCGUCCGAAUCCUGCUCGUGUCCACCGGCAUCAGCGCGUUCGGCAUAAACACUCCGAUAUUCUACCUGGCUCACCAGGCCGAAGAGGACGGACUCGGCGACUCGGCGCUGACGUUGCAGGUGCACAUGGGACUCGCGUGGACGGUGGGCUGCGUGGCGUUCGGGCUGAUCGUCGUCCGGAACUCGGUGGAGUGUCGGAUCGCCAGGCAGUACCUGUGCCAGGCGUCCGUGUUCAUGUGCGGCGUGUCCAUACUGGCGCUGACCACGGUCCGCGGUGACCGGCAGGGGUACGUCAUGUUCGCCUGGGUGUACGGCAUGUUCUGCGGCGGGUACCAUUACUCGCUCAAGAUGUACACGUACGAGAGGGUCCGGGCCCGGAACUUUGCCCGCACGUGGGGCUUCGUCCAGUGCUCGCAGGCCAUACCCAUCGCCUUGGGGGUGCCAAUAUCCGGUUACAUCAACAUCGGCUACGGCUCCAAGACGGGUUACUACUUCAGCUCGGCGUGCGUGUUGCUCGGCAGCCUGACCAUGUUCUUCAUCGAUCUGCACCGGCGGAACGUGGCCCGGCACAAGCACAACGAGUCGGGCACGAAGAAGCUGUGCGUGUCGGACUCGUGUCCGCAGCGCCGGAGGCUGUCGUUCACCGUCGAGCCCGAGGAAGUGGUGGUGAUGGAACCGCCCAUGAACAUGCAGGGCGUCGGGCUCGUCGGUGGCGCCGGCGGCUUGGGGUUGAUGAUGGGAGGGGGCGGAAGCGGUGGCAGUGGUGGCAGCGGCGGGGGGGGCGGCGGACCCAACGACAAGCCCGAGCUGACUUGCAUCUCCGAGGAGGGCAUCGCCGACAUGGAUCUGCCCGACAACCUGCUCGACGACCUCGACUACAUCGGCGACUGCAUCACGUCGUGCAACAAGGUGGAGAACUACCUGAUGCUGAGCGAGUUCGAGAACAACCUGAUCGCCGAGAUGCCGGUUAUCAUGGACCGGAAGGGCCGCAGGUGGUCACUGGCCAAACAGGCGGAAGAAGAGACGCCCAGGGGCGGCAAGUGGCGGCUGGUCGCCGGACACAACAGUAGGAUGAUCACUGUCAUCGACGAGGCGUCCGUGUAAAACGACCGCUCGUAAUAAUAUUUUAUAUUCAUAUUAUAUUGUAUUAUUAUUAUUAUUAUUUUUUUUUUUUUAUUAUUAUUAUUGUUGAAGAUGUGUUCAUUUUAUUUUUUAUUUAUUUGUUUACUAUUAUAUUAUUUUAUUUUAUUAAAUUGUAAAGUGACACAUUAUACGUUUGGGGGUCGUUGGCGUUACACGAAUGUUUGCGGCGAUCGUUUUUGUAAUAAAAAAUAGUAUAAUAAUAUACUUUAAGCGAAUAUACAUUAACGGAAAACAGUUGACGUUAUUGGAUCUUUUUUAUUGUAUAAAAUUAUUUUUUUAUUUAUAUACGAAUACAGUAGUGAGUAAUUGUCUAAAUUAAAUCACAUGUUUGCCCCUUAAAUAAAAUUUUUUAUACUUAAUCGAUAUCUGAUAUCUAUUAGGUAU